GUAACGAGGUUCGAAAUGGCGACAGAUAUUCCGCCUCCGGUGCAAGGCCCAACUGCCAAGGAGAGGAAAUAUGACCGGCAGCUCCGCCUUUGGGGAGCUACGGGCCAGAUGGCUCUGGAAAACUCGCACAUACUCCUCAUCAAUUCAGGCCCCGGAGUCGUUGGUGUUGAAACAUUGAAGAAUCUGGUUCUGCCUGGCGUAGGACACUUCACGAUACAAGAUUCAGCAAUAGUCUCGGAGGCGGAUCUGGGCGUCAACUUCUUCCUAGAAGAGGAACACCUCGGAGGUUACAGAGCAGAGCAUACAUGCAACUUGCUCAAGGAGCUUAAUCCUGAUGUUGAGGGGCAUUUCGUCACGGAGCCAAUCGAAGCUUUCAUCGACGAGCCAGACGCGCUGCAACCGUACACACUCAUUCUCGUAACAGCCCCGAUACGGCCAGAGAUUCUCACAAUACUUUCCGAACACGCAAGCAACGCCCUAGUACCGCUUUUCUACAUACACUCCGUUGGCUUCUACUCGCACUUCUCGAUCCAUCUUCCUCCCGCAUUCCCCAUCGUAGACACACAUCCCGACCCUGAGACGACUACGCGCGAUAUACGACUUCUAAAACCAUGGCCUGAAUUGCUUCAAUUUGCUAGAGCAAAGACAGAGGGGCUGGACACAAUGGAUGCGGACGACCAUGGCCAUAUACCCUACAUCGCCUUACUGUUGUAUUUCCUUGAGAAGUGGAAGGAGGAGCAUGAGGGGCAACCGCCACUGAACUACAAAGAGAAGACUGCAUUUAGAGAAAUGGUAGCAAAGGCUGCACGAAGCCUUGAGGGCGGAGAGGAGAACUUCGACGAGGCAGUAGCUGCUGUGCUGAAGUCGCUCAACGACCCAGAACCCAGCAGUGCUGUCAAAGGAUUAUUCAAAGAGCCGGAGUGUCUACUGGUGAAGCAGGAUUCUCCUGCUUUUUGGGUCAUAGCGCAUGCGGUCGCGCUCUUCUAUCAGAAGCAUGGCGUACUACCGCUUCCCGGUUCGGUUCCGGAUAUGAAGGCGCGUUCUAAGGACUAUAUCGAGCUGCAGAACAUAUACAAGGCGAAAGCAAGAAAGGAUAUGGCGGAGGUGCUCGAAAGCGUGCGUUUCUUGGAGCGGACGACGAUGAGGGAGACACCUAUCGAGGAGAGGGACGUUGAGACAUUCUGUAAGAACGCGGCGCACAUCAAGCUAGUACGCGGACGACCUUUCCACGUAGUGCAGGCGGGUGAAAAAGUGCAAUGGGGUGACAGGGCGAAGUCUUUGGCGCAAAGCCUCGCAUUUCCGGACUCGCUAUUACCCUUGUACAUAGCCUUCCUCGCCUUUGAUGAAUUCGUGGCUACGCACAAUAAAAACGCUCUGGGCGGUGCGCCGAAGAUGCCAGGCGAGGACCAUGUGGAAGUGGACACGGAGAAGGUCGCUGGUAUCGCUUUCAAGAUAUUAACCGACUUGAUAGCGGAAGGCAAUACCCCGCUGGAGGAAGAAGACUUCUCGACGGUGGAGACCAAGCUGGGGGAAUACGUAAAGGAGCUGGUCCGAGCUGGAGGGGCAGAGCUGCACAAUAUUUCGGCCUUUACGGGUGGUCUCGUCUCGCAGGAGGUCAUCAAGAUCAUUACGGAGCAGUACAUUCCGGUGGAUAAUACCUGCAUUUUCGAUGGGGUGAGGAGUAAGACGGCCGUCAUACAAGUGUGAUGACGGAAAAUGCGUGAGGGCAGCAUUGAGGGAAGGGAUUGAAGCUUGACUGAGCACUCGCAACAUUGAGCGCAGGUAUACAAAACUGUGGCCAAAUGUGCUACAUAGACGGAGGCUCGGCACCUUGCCCGUACAAGUAGGAGUUUAGGCCGAGCAGUAACCGCCUGCCCAUAAAAGGGAUUUUAUCAAACUUCAAUCAGGCCAAGAUAUGCUAUCGAUAUGGCCAGAUUGUCC